AUGCCACUCGCCGAAAUGCAAAUGCGAGACGACCGCCGCGGGCCACCGGUAAAAGCGGCGACCAGCCGACUGGCCCAUCGUGGCCAACACGUCGGAGCCAUCAUCGCCAUUACUCGCGAGGAUCUGGAAGGCCUCGUACAAUCCUCCAGAAUUUCCGGCCGCUGGGGAUGCGAAUGCUCGUGCCACUCCUCAGCGCCCCUGGUGGCCGUCCAGCCACGCGCCGCUUCAUUUGGCGUUGAGGGCGGGGCCAGCCAGCAUUCGAUUACAAAUAAGGGAAAAACACGAGUUGCCGUAAAAGUGAAAUGUUCGGAUAAUCGGCUCUACAAAGUUUCGCCAGUUUUUACGUUUAUCGACCCUGGGCAGACUGUCGCAUUAAGCAUAGCACGUGGCGAGGGAGAUUCCAAAAAAGAUAAACUGGUCAUAAUGGUGUUGGAAACGACUCCUCAAGCCCAGGAUCCAAGGGUGGUAUUUGAUGUCUGUGGAAGCCGCCCCAUCAGCCUACCAAUCGCACUAAAUGUCAAAGACCCAAAAGCC